UGCGGGAGAGGGGGUGGGGCGACGGCUCUGGAGGCAGCGCGCCGGCGGGUUGCUUCGUUGUGGCUCGUCAGGCUCCCGUGGCGGCGGCGGCGUUUGCCUCGGUGUCUCCCGCGCGCACUCUAGCCGCCUCCUAGCGGCGCGGCGCCCUUUCCUACGCCUAAAAUGACGAAUGUGUGAUCUCAGUGGAAUAAAUGGCGUCCAAAGUCACAGAUGCUAUAGUGUGGUAUCAAAAGAAGAUUGGAGCAUAUGAUCAACAAAUAUGGGAAAAAUCUGUUGAACAAAGAGAAAUCAAGGGGUUAAGGAAUAAACCAAAGAAAACAGCACAUGUGAAACCAGAUCUCAUAGAUGUCGAUCUUGUAAGAGGGUCUGCAUUUGCUAAGGCAAAACCUGAAAGUCCAUGGACUUCUCUGACUAGAAAGGGAAUUGUUCGCGUUGUAUUUUUUCCCUUUUUCUUCCGGUGGUGGUUACAAGUAACAUCAAAAGUCAUCUUUUUCUGGCUUCUAGUCCUUUAUCUUCUUCAAGUUGCCGCAAUAGUAUUAUUCUGUUCCGCUUCUAGCCCACAUAGCAUACCUCUGACGGAAGUGAUUGGGCCGAUAUGGCUGAUGCUGCUCCUGGGAACUGUGCACUGCCAGAUUGUUUCAACGAGAACACCCAAACCUCCGCUAAGUACAGGAGGUAAAAGAAGAAGGAAAUUAAGAAAAGCAGCCCAUUUGGAAGUACAUAGGGAAGGAGAUGGUUCUAGUACCACAGAUAACACACAGGAGGGAGCAGUUCAGAGCCACGGUACAAGCACCGCUUACAGCUUUGGCGCUGUCUUCAGAGAUCUCUGGCAUGCUGCUUUCUUUUUAUCAGGAUCCAAGAAAGCAAAGAAUUCAAUUGAUAAAUCAACUGAGACUGACAAUGGCUAUGUAUCCCUUGAUGGGAAAAAGACUGUUAAAAGCAGUGAAGAUGGAGUACAAAGCCAUGAACCUCAGUGUGAAACUCUUCGACCAGAAGAGGCAACCUGGAACACAGGAACACUGAGGAACAUUCCCAGCAAAGAUACCCAAAGGACAGUAACAAAUGUCUCUGAUGAAGUCUCCAGUGAAGAAGGUCCAGAAACAGGAUACCCAUUGCGCCGUCAUGCAGACAGGACUUCUGAGAGCAUUCUUCGGAAUAGAAAGUCACACCAUUAUAAGAAACAUUACCUUAAUGAGGAUGCCCCUAAAUCGGGUACUAGUUGCAGCUCUCGCUGUUCAAGUUCCAGACAGGAUUCUGAGAGCACAAGGCCAGAAUCUGAAACAGAAGAUGUAUUAUGGGAAGACUUGUUACAUUGUGCAGAAUGCCGAUCAUCUUGUACCAGUGAGACAGAUGUGGAAAAUCCUCAAAUUAAUCCAUGUGUGAAAAAAGAAUAUAGAGACGACCCUUUUCAUCAGAGUCAUUUGCCCUGGCUCCAUAGUUCUCACCCGGGAUUAGAAAAAGUAAGCGCUAUCGUAUGGGAAGGCAAUGACUGCAAGAAAGCAGACAUGUCUGUUCUUGAAAUCAGUGGAAUGAUAAUGAACAGAGUAAACAGCCAUAUACCAGGAAUAGGAUACCAGAUUUUUGGAAACGCAGUCUCUCUAAUCCUGGGUUUAACUCCGUUUGUUUUCCGACUCUCCCAAGCUACAGACUUGGAUCAGCUCACAGCACAUUCUGCUUCAGAACUUUAUGUGAUUGCAUUUGGUUCUAAUGAAGAUGUCAUAGUUCUUUCUAUGGUUAUAAUAAGUUUUGUGGUUCGUGUGUCUCUUGUGUGGAUUUUCUUUUUUUUGCUCUGUGUAGCAGAAAGAACUUACAAACAGCGAUUACUUUUUGCAAAACUCUUUGGACAUUUAACAUCGGCAAGGAGGGCUCGAAAAUCUGAGGUUCCCCAUUUCCGAUUGAAGAAAGUACAGAAUAUAAAAAUGUGGCUCUCUCUCCGGUCCUAUCUUAAGCGUCGAGGUCCUCAGCGAUCAGUUGAUGUCAUAGUUUCAUCUGCUUUCUUGUUAACUAUCUCAGUUGUAUUUAUCUGUUGUGCCCAGUUGCUUCAUGUACAUGAGAUCUUCCUUGAUUGUCACUACAAUUGGGAACUGGUAAUCUGGUGCAUCUCGUUAACACUUUUUCUCCUAAGAUUUGUUACCCUUGGAUCAGAAACAAGCAAAAAAUAUAGCAAUACCUCAAUAUUACUUACUGAACAGAUAAACCUCUACUUGAAAAUGGAGAAGAAACCUAACAAAAAGGAGGAACUGACACUAGUGAAUAAUGUUUUAAAACUGGCUACUAAACUGCUAAAGGAAUUGGACAGUCCCUUUAGAUUAUAUGGACUUACAAUGAAUCCACUGCUUUAUAACAUCACCCAGGUUGUCAUCCUGUCAGCUGUUUCUGGUGUUAUCAGUGACUUACUUGGAUUUAAUUUAAAGCUUUGGAAGAUUAAAUCAUGACAAUUCAGAGAAAAGAAGAUGUAGCCUCUUUUCCAGAAUAAGAGUACCAACUAAGCUGCCUGAAAGCAGUCACUGACUCUUUGCUUCAGGAGUCUCAGCUGGGAAAUUGAAGUGUUUACAUCAGACUGUCCUGUGCAAUUCUUAUAUUUAUUUCACUUGUUCACUGUUUUUUACAUUUAUUUUAGUCUUUAUAUUUUAUUUUUAGCUUUGAUGUACUUACUUGUUGAAAGGGUGAUAAAACUGAUAUCCAGAUACUUGAGAUCCUGGUAAUUGCUCAUAAAUAAUGACAGAAUAACAAAUCGUGAGAAGAGAAGCCAUUGCUAAGCACUGUUUCUCCGUCAAUGCCGUGACUUGCCUUACUUGAGGAAAACUUCUUUAACUUUAUAACCUAGCAUUGGACUCAGCUGAACACAUAAAGCAUUUUCUUCAGUAAAUCAAGAUCCAGUCAGGGUUUCUUUUGAAUUAUUUUGGAACAAUGCCAGGAUCUAAACUGAUUAAGCUGCAGUUUAAGCACCCUUCAGUAUUAAUAUAUAUGGUAUUACACAACAGGUCAACAAGUGCUCUUUGAUGAUAAAACUCUUAAUAGAGCAAUAAUUGUAAAUGGUUACCAUACUGUAAGAUAUUUUGAUAAAAAUUAACUAGUAAUAAUUGUAUUUAUUUGAAACACUGGGCUGUUUGCACAGCUCCAACUGUGCAUGCUCAAAAUGUGCACUUUUUAAAAUUGUUACUUUUAAUGCGUAUCUUUAUAUGGGAUAUGUUAUAGUGUACUAGGGCAUGAUAUGGUAUCCUUUUGAGUGAGGUAUAUGCUCAUCUCACAAGUGAAGUGCCUAUUGAUAUUACUAAAGUACAUUAUGUUUACUCAAGUAAAAUAAUUUUCUCCCUAUGGUACACUAUAGUAUAUGCUAUUCAUACCACACUCAAAUGAACAACUUAAGAAUAAGGUUAAGAACCAGUUAAAUAUUCUUCUGAUUGUUAGUUGUAAAACUGUAUCUGAAUUUUCAGGAAAAAUAGCUAUAGCUUGCAAAUUCUACCUUCUAAACUUAGUCUGGUACAUCUACCCACCCCCUCAACCCCCAAUUAUAUAAGGGCUAUUUUAGAUGCUUUUAACCUAGAAAGUUAACCCCCUCCCCCCUAAGUAAUUUGCCAAGUUUCCAAAUGAGAACUUAUCCUGUUGGCAUGUUAGGUAAAUAGGGCGAAUAUGAUGGUAUCUUACAUUGGGCCUUGAUUUUAAGUUGUUAUGUUUGUACAAUCAAGAAAUUUUAGGAGUUAUGUGAAACAUGAAAUGUUUUAGCAAACUUUUUUUUUAAUCUGGGUAUCUAGUUUCUAAAACAAAGAAUUUAUUUGAGACAGUCUAGAAUUUUCUUGGUGCAAGGUGUAUCAUGUUGAAUAUCCUCACAUUUUUUACCAUGUUUUUGGGAAUUUAAAAUAAUCAAUUGUAAAUUAUUUAUUUGAUUGGUGCAGUUCUAAUCCCCAAAUCAUCAUCUUAAGAUCAGGAAUGUGUAGAGAACAGAGCCAUAUAGUAAUAUCACUUUGCUCUCACCAUUCCUUUUGAUCAGCCUCAAUUCAGCCAUUGUGUAGUAUAUUUUCUUUCUGUAGAAAACAACAAAAGUAUUUUGUUUUAUUUGCCUGUGUUCUAAUAUGUUUUAUAAUGACCAAAGUGCAUUCUGAGUUUUUUCAAGGAAUGUAUUACUGGAGCUUUAAGAACAUACUUAUUUUCUCCUGUGAAAAAUUAGGCUUUGUCUGAUAUGUUUCUUCUUCCUCUAUUGUCUAAUGUUGAGGUUGUUUCUAGGAAUUAUAUUUUAUAAACUUUUUCAAAAUAAGGUACAUACCUAUACAGAACUUAACAUUUUGCACAGAAUAUAUUGAAUAUAUUUUGAGAAAAAAAAGUACAGCAUGAGUUCUGUUAGGAAUAAAAAUGAAACUAUUGUAUCUCACAGAAAAACUUAUUUCAGAAUGGAAGUAUUUUUGAGAAAAGUAGCUGAGUGAACUGAUUUAGGAAGAUGCUUGUUUUUGAUUGAAGUUCAUUUUAACUUAGAGUUGGGAGUUGAUUUAUUGAGUACAGUGUACCUCUCAACAACGUAUUAAUAUGUUGAAUUAUGUCACUAAUGUGGGCAGCAGUAGAAUACUGAAAGGAAAAAGUUGUCAUUUUAAGUAAUUUCAGAACAUUAAUGGAACUGUUAUCAAAGCAGAAAAAUUGACAUUGCUGCCUUUAAGAAUACAAUGAAUGUAAGAAAUUGAAAGAAAUUGUAACAUAUCACAUAAUAUAGAAAAGGCAGUUCGCAGAUAGAGUUGUGGCAGAUGUUGUGUGUUAACUGUUGUUUCUUUGCCACACAUGUCGUAUUUGAAAGUUUGAACAGCAAGUUUAAAAUAAAACAUUCUAUGACUGACAGUAUUAAACUAGAAGUGUUUCCUUUUUUUCUAAUUUUCAAGUCAUGCACAUUUCUAUGGUAAUUUUAUAUUUACUGUAGCAUAAACUUUAGGUAUGACUGUUAGAUUUGAGAGAAGUGGGAAUACAUUUUUAAAAACUUUCCAACAUUUCAGUUUUUGUUGAUUCUCAGAACAUGAAAGAAGAAUAUGUGUGCAGGCUUUUCAUCACCAAAAUGCUAUGACAUCAUUAAUGUUUGUUUGCUUGUUUGUUUGUAUUUAAAAACAGAAAACUGGCUGUAGCCUGGGAUAUUAAAAUUAAUUGCCAGAAGGAUGGAUAGUGGUGUUUUUAAUCAAGUGAUUUUGUACGUGAAUUCAGCAUGAGAGAUUAUGGCCAAUAAUAACAUGGCCACAGAUGAAUGCGUCAGUAAUUGAUGCCUGGCCCUAAAGCAGCCAGCCAUUUUAUAGGCCUUGAGGAAUCCAUGAAACCAGCUGACACAAGAGCUUUGUCCGGUAGAGGCUUUGCAUCCUUGACGAGUAGCCCAAAUCAUCUGCAGUAUGAUAAGGAUCAUGGGUUCUGGAAUCAGGCAGAGCUGGGAUCCUUUGCAGCAUGUGUAUGGCCUUGGUCAAGUUACUUAACCUCCCUAAGCCUCAUCUGUAAAAUGAGGUGGAGAGCUGCUGCUGGAGCCGAAAAUGGUUCCUGUGAGUAUAAAAUUAGACAACGUCUGUGUGAUGGGCAGGGACCUGGUCCACCACCCUCCUAUGCAGCAAAACAUCAAUUUAUUUGUCCUCAAUCAAAC